UGACACACAACAGACACGUCAACAAGUGAAAGGCACAGAAGUCGCCUUGCUUCCAGAUUUUCGUGAAAAUCCCUAGAUUUCCUGACGAUGAGUAGUGUCCAGGAGCUGCAGGAUAAGGUGGCCCAUCUGGAGAGUGAGCUGCAGCGAUAUAAGAAUGCAGGAGUGCGGGAAAAGAUCGAUAAGAUGUCAGCAGAAGUUGUGGACUCGAAUCCCUACAGUCGGCUCAUGGCCCUGCAGAGGAUGGGAAUCGUGACGGACUAUGAGAGGAUUCGGGGCAAGAGUGUGGCUAUUGUGGGCGUUGGCGGAGUCGGAAGUGUCACGGCGGACAUGCUGACCAGAUGCGGCGUGGGAAAGCUGAUCCUCUUCGACUAUGACAAGGUGGAGCUGGCCAACAUGAACAGACUCUUCUACACACCAGAUCAGGCGGGCCUCAGCAAGGUGGAAGCAGCCGCACGGACGCUGAGCUUCAUCAAUCCGGACGUUGAGAUCCUGACAAAUAACUACAAUAUCACACUCGUGGAGGAGUUCGACAGAUUCAUGGGCACCAUCAACACGGGUGGAAUGGACGGCAAGAGUCCUGUGGAUCUGGUUCUGAGCUGCGUGGACAACUUCGAGGCGCGGAUGGCCAUCAACACGGCGUGCAACGAGUUGAAUCUCAACUGGUACGAAUCCGGAGUGUCUGAGAACGCUGUUUCUGGACACAUUCAGUUCAUUCGUCCAGGAGAGACUGCCUGCUUCGCCUGUGCUCCUCCACUGAUCGUGGCAGAGAACAUCGACGAGAAGACUCUGAAGAGGGACGGAGUUUGUGCCGCCAGUUUGCCGACGACAAUGGGAAUUGUGGCUGGAAUGCUGGUUCAGAACACCCUGAAGUACCUGCUGGGCUUUGGCGAGGCUUCUGACUAUCUUGGCUACAGCGCUCUCAAUGACUUCUUCCCCAAAAUCACGCUCAGACCCAAUCAGACCUGCGAUGAUCGCUUCUGUGUCCAGAGACAGCAAGAAUUCGCUCUCAAGCCAAAACCCGAGGCUCCACAAGAGACUGAACAGAGUGACGAGCCUCUGCAUGAGGACAAUGAGUUUGGAAUUGAACUAGUUAGUGAAUCUGUGGAGGUGAAAGCUCCGGAGAAGAGCAAUCAAGGACUCAAGUUCGCCUAUGAGAGUGGCGAUAAACAUUCCGAGCCGCAUUCUCAGAGUCAAUCAGCCUCAGAUGAUGUGAGUCUUGAGGAUUUGAUGGCGCAGAUGAAGACAAUGUAAUAAAUACAGCCUGAAAUACAGUAUCUUUUGUGAGAAU